UUAUCCACGCUUCGCGCUUUUUGCAAUUUUUUUCUGGCAGUUCCGAAACUAUUGGCGGUAAGUCGUGGUCGCUUUUGUGAAGUGAUGCGAGUUUCAAGUUCAGGUCUUCGGAUCGCGUUAGCAAGAACGGCUGCAACAUCGCUUUAUUGGGGAAUGGUGCUGUUGAGCUACCUGAGCUCAGCAAUAUGGAGCAAUAUGGAAAAUGCCCACGUGACAGAAUGAAGCCGCUGUAAGGAAUGGACAAGACGGAACUGAGCAGUGCUUCUUCGGGGCUGGUUGGUCUGAUUCAAGCCACCUUUGAUAAGCUCCAGGAAAUGCAGCUCCGUUGAGUGACUAUCAUGUUAAUGGAAUCUAUGGCCGCUCGCAAGCGCAUGAAAGUGAAAGCUGAGCCCAUUGUCAGCAAGAAUGAUGAAUGCAGCGAAUAUGUGGAGAAUGGCUGCAUGGAAGUUGAGCCUUCUGACUGCUCCAGGCAUGCCAAGGAAGAGAGUGAACACAAUGCAAGCACGGAGCAGGCCACGCCCAUCAAACCUAGCAGGGUGUCUCCCCCUGCAAGGUGUGGCGCCAAAUGUGGCAGAAAGUUCGCGAGGUUCAGCUGCAAUCUGUGUCCUUUUGUCACAAGACGGAAAGCAGCCAUGGGAGCUCACAUUUACUACAUGCACAAGCGAGUUGCAUGUUUGUUGCAAGCUGCCCCAAGCCAGACAGAUGAAUGUUCCGAGACUCAGAACAACUCUGUUAGAAAUGAAGCGGCAAACAAAGAUGUGAAUACCAGUCCAUGUGUGACAGCUGCUCCAGGCCACACACAGGAAAAAAGAAAGGGCCAAUGCAACUCAAAUGAAAGCAGAAUGGCUGUGGACCCUGAACCGUCAACACAAACAGCACCAAGUCAGAGACAUGAAGGAAGUGUAAGCGAUGAGGAUCCUGAAUCACUCAAGUCUAUACGUGACCGCAAUGAAGUGUUUGUGUCCAUGCACAAAGACGAGGGCACGAAGUUGCCUCAAUCUGCGGAAUACGGCCUCAAGACACUUGUGCUUCCCACAGACUCUACUGCCGUCAAAGAACCACUGCAACUGAAGUGCGUGAGUGAAACCAGAACAGUUGUGGAUCCUGAAUCAUCCACACAAACAGCACCACACCAGAGACACAAAAGAAGUGUAAGCGACGACGAUCCUGAAUUGCUCAAGUCUGUAUGUGACAUCAAUGAAGUGUGUGUGUCUAUGCACAAAGAUGAGGACACGAAGUUCUUUCAAUCUGCAGAAAACAACUUCAAGACACUUGUGCUUCCAAUGGACUCUGCUGCUGUUAAAGAACCGCUGCAACUGAAGUGCGUGAGCGAAAACAGAACAAUUGUGGACCCUGAACCAUCGACACAAACAGCGCCAAGCCAGAGGCAUGAAAUAAGUGUAAGCGAUUUGGAUCCUGAAUCGCUCAAGUCUGUGUGCGACAGCAAUGAAGUGUGUGUGUUCAUGCACAAAGAUGAGGACACGAAGUUGUCUCAAUCUGCAGAAAACAACUUCAAGACACUUGUGCUUCCAGUGGACUCUGCUGCUGUUAAAGAACCAGUGCAACUGAAGUGCCAGGUGUGCCCAUUUGUGACGCAGUACCAGGCCAAACUUUUUUUGCACACCAAAGAGCAUGCAAGCAAGCAAAAGGUGUAUUCUGUCAACCACUUCAGCCCCGACAUGACGAAAUGCAACACUUCAUACACCCAACCCCACACAAGCAAAACGCCUUUUAGGUGUAAUGAGUGCCCAUGUAUAUUUGCCUACUACAGCAGUCUUGUGGCUCAUAGGCGUAAACACACUUGUUAAAACACAAUUCGUGUGUAUUCUCUGCCUUUGUGAUAAUAAUCAGAUACAACAGCCAAGACAUCACGUUCAUAGUAGCCACCCAGGUUAUAAAUUGGGAGAGCUUUUUACAUUUCUUUUAUCAUUGUACUACCAUCUGUCUAAAAUACUUUGUUACAGUACUUGAUAGCUUUUCACACCAUUGUGCAUGCUUUCCAAGUUUGGUCUCACUGUUUACAAACAUUCAAGCUUCACUCUACACUUCAAUCUCCUUUUGCCAUGGUACAAGUUGGAAAAGUAGCACUGAAUCAUGUGCGCAUUCAGGUAGCCACAAAGAAAUUUAAAGCACUAACACUGUUAGGUACUUGACAGAAUAACAUAGUGCCAGAAACUGCUGUAGUUCUUGCAUAAUGAAAUAAAGCCCACUACUACAGGUGUUUUCAGCCCAUUUGGAAUAUUCGGAAGGAAAAGAGCACUGUGUUUUAAUCAGAUAAAGAUGCGACAAUAUUUUAAAAUUUUCAAGCAAUCCUGUUCGUAACAUUUUCACAUUUUGAAGGGUUAUGUUCCGAUUACAAUUCUUUUAGCUAUGUAAAAUUUAUAAGCCAACGACCUAUUGUGCCAGCUUCUACUAGCAGAAACAUGUGUAACAAGACGUCUACUUUUUUUAAUUGCAGUUAAAUAGAAAUUUGGUGUGCUCCACAGAUGGCCACUAUGUCAGCUUACUGAGAUAUCAGGUUUCCAGCCCCACAAAGGCUGACCAUGGCAAUGUGACUUUCACAGUGCUGGGCUAGGGCAGGUGCAUUUCUCCGAUUUUGCUUCCCUGUGACUGUGUGCCAUUCAUGUUCUGGGCAUUUGGCUUGGUGGCUUUGGUUAAUGAGGAAAUGAGCAAAGCAGUAAAUAUUUUGGAGUUCUCUGAAAACGGUCUUGAUAUUUAUGUAAACAUAAAGCUAAGCAUAUUACUACCUUAAGUAUUCUACAGGGCACAAAGAGCAAAAUUAUUGAACAUAAUUUGAACACUAUCCUAUACUUAACCAUAAAAGCACUGCUCAGAAAAGCAAAAAAUUGCUCUCGAAAUAAGGUGAUGUCUGCUUCAGCAUUUGCCAAAUCUUACCGAGCAUUACAUUUCACUUGACCACACUGUCAUGUAGGUAGUACUUGGCAGGUACGGAAUGUUCCCUAUCUUUGAUGGUUUGAGGCACGGUGGGUAAGCCUAAUUUAGUGUUUCUUUCAUUGAAAAAAUGAACGGUUGGAUGCAUAAUAAGCUUUGUAGUAGAGCCUCAAUAGCUAUCAGUGGACAUUUCUGACUUACAAAUGGGAGCUGAAUGAAGAAAACUCCUUUGUGACAUUCUGGUGGAUACGCUCUUUGCAAGGUGCUCCUAGUCUUCUUGUCAUAGCCUGAGCGACUUUACUACCAGAAAAAUGCAGCAGAAAUAUUGUUGCACAGCCCUUUCGAGUGUCAAGAUCUGCCUAAUUCUCAGGCUGAACACUUGGCUGACACGAUUGUGAUUGAGAUGGCUAGGUAUGCCUAAUUCCAGUGAAAUAGCCUUUUUGCUGCUUACAAAUGCAUAAGGAUAAGGUGGAAGUCUAGCUGUUACAGUUGUUUAUAUCAGGAGUGACUUUGAUAUCGUUGCCAAGCAAUCUUGAGACAUCUGUGUGAGCAUGGCCUCUUCGGCCUUGACAAUGUACAGCAUACAAAUGGAACUGUUGAUAAUGGUGGUCUUCUCACAGUAGUGGAAAUCCUUGCCUAGCACUUGCGAAGCCACAUUGCAGAAUUGAUAUUGUGAAAUAUACAGCAGCUUUGCUAUAUGUGUUGAAGAACGUGAAAUUUUCAAGGUAGUGGUAGUGAUGGCAAAAGAAUCUGGACAUUUGUAAACAACCAUACACUUCUGAACGAGCUCUCGAAAUGUAGCCAUUGAUCUCUAGUUGCUUUUUCCUUUCAAUUUUUUGCUGCCAUCAAUGUGCCUAGUGCAUUCAGUGUGUUGCUUGUAAGAAUCUUUAGCACACAACCUUGUGAUUUUACUUUAUAGCUCUGACAAUCAAAACAUUUGUUUACCGCACCUUUGUUGACUUUUUUUUUGUUGACAACUGUUGCCUGACUUCACGUUUUCUGAUAUCGCCUUGUUGUUCUCCCUGUGAACCGUGGAAGUAACGUGGUACUACUGCACUGUGUUAUGCAGUUGUUUUAUCCAUGUUAUUUGUUGCUAUCUGUUUGACUUGAUUUUCAUACCUAGAGUUCACUAUGCAGAUCUCAUAUACCAUAUAUCUCACCAGAAGUUCAAAAGUGGUCUUCCAUAUUUUGUGAGCCUCUUCAUGAGUAGCUGCAAAUACACACUGAAUUGCUCAUGUGCAAUGUAGAGUUAUACUGAUGAUGCCAUAUAAGCAGGCUGUUGACAUAAAAAAAAUAUGUUCUUAGUUAUGCUGCAGGCAUAGUCUGCUGAUUGCAUGAAAUGUAUGCAAAGUUGUGUACUUUGGCAGCAGUAAUUGAUUGCAUUGUACUUGGCAAUAAACUGCUAUUUGUGCUCGUG